UGACUGUAAUUUAUUGCCAGCGUCGAAAAUCUAUAGUUUACGUUACAUGCACUAUAGACUUUCCGCACUGACAGUGAAACUACAUUGUAGAUUACAGAUCGAGUCGUGACAUGUAAGUUAACGUCUUGGAAAAUUUCGCCUUGAACACAAAGGAGUAUGGAGCACGUUGAUAAUCCAAGCUACCUUCAAACGAUUUGGGCUCCGAUAGCGUCUGUGGGAUGGUACAUCGUUGGACUUGGGAUCAUUGCAUUGUACACGUUUCCACAUAUUCAAGAAAAAUUUAAGAGUUGGAAAGUCGCGAGGAACCAGCGAGAUGCUGCACUUGGCAAAAAAACUGAUGAAUUACCACAGUUGUCAUCUAAUGUGGAAUUGGCACGACAGAAGAUGCAAGAGACGUAUGACAAGUCUCGUGCCUUAGCACAAAUCAAAGAGGAAGAGGAGAAAGAGAAAAAGAGACAAAAGGUCUUGAAAUUGCUAGAAAAUAAAAACAUAGGUACAAGACUCGGUAGUAGAACCAAUGAUGAAACUCCUAGUACGAGUACAAAGUCGAAAUUAAAAUCAGAAUAUAAUCCCUUAAUGGGUGAUAGUACUCGUGGAUAUCGUCCUCCAAAACGGAGCUGUUGCAAAAAAGGUGGAUGUGGUUAAAAAUAAUUUUAUAGAAUCUCAUAAGAAAGCCAUUCCAUUCUUGCAAUUUAACAAUUGUUAAAAUAAAAAGGGAAGUAACUUAUGAAAUUAACGAAUAGCACCUGCUUGAAAUGCGGUACUUAUAAUUUGUACAAAUUUAAGAU